AGAAGUAUUCAGACGGGUGUGGUAAUGAACUGUAAACACAGACUGUGGCCUUAAUUUAGGCAUGUUGUUCCAAGGCACAGCACUGACUUCAUUUACUUAAUAAACACAGGAGAUCUGACCAGAGGAAAGAUGUCAACACACUAAUGCAUCACUGAGGUUGACUACUUGCUUAGCAGAAGGCACAAGACGCCUUGCUUCCCUAAAACUGCCCUCUAUUUCAGAGGAAAAAGCGGGUAAAAAUGUUUGAUCAUUCAAUGACAGUUUUAACGUUGUCACCGGAUUUGGUUCCAUCCGGAACAGAAGGCUGUGGAAUAAGGAGACAAUACGAUUUAAAGGUAGGAGGAUUUUAAGUUGGGCAGGUUUCAAUGCACCUGAUAUGACCUGUUUGUCCGCUCCACCCAGUUAACUAAUACUCAGUGGGGGUGGGAGUGUCACAGUCCGAGCGGUGCAAACGCAGAGGUGAGGCCGUAGAGGUUAUAAAGAGGAAGCGCUCAACAGCUUAAGAUCUGUGCUCUUCAGUGCUGGAGAAUUCGAUGCGCCUUAAAGGCCUCACACCCUCCUAAUGAAGUAAGUCUGAUAUUGGUCCAUGGCCGAGCAUUUAAUCCAGUAACAAUAUGUGUAGCUUAGGCGUAUUCACUAUGAGCUAUAACUAUAAUUGAGCCCCUCCUUUUGGUCAUGUUCGAAGCUAUACUCAGAGGUAAGGGUUUGAAUUCCAGCUAUGCCCCUGGCCCUGACAAGUCCUACCGGUUGUCCGGUGCUGCAGUGUGAGGCUAGCUUCGCUGGGCUGCGCUGUGAGUGAUUCCGAGGCUCUGAUGACAGCGAGCUCCGUCCGCCCAAAUCACCUGCUCGGCGAGAGAAAAAAACAAAGCCCCAUAGCCAGGGAAGGUUUUCAUCUCAAUACAGUUCACCCACGGCCGCGGUGGCUGAAAAUGCACCGUCAUUUGAGCUACAAGUCCAAAGACGGGGAUCAUAAGGGUGAAUGGUGCACAUCUCUGCUGGAGAGCUGUGAUAUUAUUGGACAUUAAGGAUCGCAUCUAGUCAAAUAGGUCAGUCCUGAAAAACAAAAACAAAAAGGACAUAUUAGUGGUACUUGAGUGGAUAGUAGAAUUUUCCUGUUUUUUUACCCUCUUCAUUUUGACUCGGGCAAAAGUGUAGCUCACUAUCUCAGACUCCCAGAGCUGGGAGGAUGGAUACCUUGGCCUAACUCCUCAAAUCAGAGUUAGAUAACAGCCUUUAUCAGAUCAACAUCAGUCAUGCAAAACCCGGCCCCAGAAAUUGUGGCAGGGUACCCGAGUGGAAGUGGGGUGGACAAAGAUGCUAACCCGGAGACAACGCUGGGCAGCGCCUACUCCCCCGUGGACUACAUGAGCAUCACCAGCUUCCCACGGCUGCCCGAGGAUGAUGCCAUGUCUGGGGAAAACACCCUGAAAUCCCGCAAGGAUGAUGACAACGUCCUUAGUGAACAAGACACAGACCCAGAUCUGUUUCUGAAGUCGGCCCGCCUCCAGCGGCUCCCGUCCUCAGCUUCUGACCUGGCCAGCCAUGACAUCGCCUCACUUCGGGAGACCAGGACGGACCCCUUCAAUGAGGGCUGCGCCUGCCAGCGGGACGGGCUGACGGUCAUCAUCACGGCCUGUCUUACCUUCGCUACAGGGGUCACCGUAGCCCUCAUAAUGCAGAUAUACUUUGGAGAUCCCCAGAUCUUUAACCAAGGAGCAGUGGUGACGGAUGUGGCCCAGUGUACGUCUCUCGGGUUCGAAGUCCUGGGGAAGCUGGGAUCCAGUGUGGACGCAGCCAUCGCCGCUGCUCUGUGUUUGGGGAUUGUCCACCCUCACACCUCUGGUAUAGGAGGGAUGCCGUGGAAGGAUGUUGUUACCAUGGCAGCAAAUGUGGCCAGAAAUGGGUUUAACGUUACUCAUGACUUGGCUGAAGCUCUCUCCAAAGUUAAGAACCAAAACGUGUCGGAAGCAUUUCGGGAUCUGUUCCUCCCGAACAACCAGGCCCCACUUUCUGGCCUGUUCUCCCGCCGGCUUGAUUUAGCAGCUGUUUUGGAUGCGGUCGCAGAUAAAGGAGUGUCCGAAUUCUACAGUGGGCAUCUGGCGCAGGAAAUGGCAGCUGCAGUGCAAGCAAAAGGCGGUGUGCUGACUGAGGAGGAUUUUGCAAACUACAGCACAGUCCUACAAAAGCCAGCAGAAAUCACCUAUCAGGGACAUCAUGUGAUGGCUUCCCCAGCCCCACAUGCAGGUGUUGCCUUGAUCACUGCUCUCAAUAUUCUUGAAGGCUACAACAUUACCAGCCAGGUGCCCAGGAACAGCACCUACCACUGGAUUGCAGAGGCUGUGAAAAUAGCUUUGGCUCUGGCCAGUGGGCUGGGCGACCCGAUGUACGACGCUGCAGUCUCAGAGAUCGUUGUCAAGAUGUUGAGUAAAUCACAGGCUUCCCUACUCCGUGAGAAGAUCAACGACUCUCAGGCAUUCCCUGUCAGCCAUUACACGCCGUCCUUCACUCUGGAGGAUGCUGCAGCAGCUGCUCAGGUCAUGGUCAUGGGCCCAGAUGACCACAUUGUGUCAGUAAUGAGCUCCUUAAACAGACCAUUCGGCAGUGGGAUAGUGACUCCAUCUGGAAUCCUUUUGAAUAGUCAGAUUCUGGACUUCUCUUGGUCUAAUAAAUCACUCAACUCCUCACCUAACCCGCAUAACAGCCUCCAGCCAGGAAAGAGACCCAUGUCUUUCCUGAUGCCCACUGUAGUGAGGCCAGCUGUGGGGUUAUGUGGCACUUACGUGGCUGUUGGAUCGUCCAAUGGAGAAAAAGCUCUCAGUGGCAUCACACAGGUGCUGAUGAAUGUUCUGUCCUCUCGUAAGAACAUGAGUGACAGUUUGGCAUAUGGAAGGCUCCACCCACAGCUGCAACCCAACACCCUCCUGGUGGACUCUGAGUUUUUAGAGGAUGAUGUGGAGCUGCUGCUGGCCAAAGGGCACAAAGUUGAGAGGAUGGAUGUACUUUCAUUGGUGGAGGGCACACGGAGAACCAAUGACCUCAUCAUUGGGGUGAAGGACCCCCGUAGUGCCGAUGCCUCCGCCCUCACUAUGUCUGACAUGCCUUAGCCCUGCCCUGAUCCAAAACUGACAUCACAUUGCAGGACCAAGACUAAGAGGUUAUUAGUUAAGAAAGAUUGGAAGGUGUUGAUGAGUUGAUAGAACAAACUGGUUUGAUAUGACUCAUCUUAAAAUAAUGGAUUUGUCUGCACUAAUCCACAGGACAUACCUCUUAUGCCCUCUUACCCUCCUCACACCCUCAUCCAGUCGCAGUGUACAGAGUGCUUCAAUUUUAUGUCCAUCCCCUGAGUGGCUUCUCAAUUAUGAGUCUGCUGCUUGGAAUGAUGCAGAGAAGGGUACAGAUAUCUAGGCAUGAUCAUGAGUUAAUGCAAUGCAUUCCAGUUUCUUUCACAAGAGAAAUUAACUUAUGACUGUGGUCAUAAGUUACCAGUUUAUUGAGAUAUUUUACAACAAGUUACUGGGGAAUAAAUUAAUAUUUUUGCAAGAUGGGCUGUUAUGGAAAAAAAAUACAUUAUACAGUAAAUUAAUUUUAACACUUGCAUGAUGUUCAGUGCAAUUGAGCCACUGUUUUUUUUAUGUUUGCACUGCACUUCAAAUGCACUUCAAAAUGCUAGGCAAGAUCUUGUGGAAUGGUUCACACCAGGGAUUGAGCCUUGCACCAUCACGACUGUACACGGCCAUCCUAUAACCAAACACAUUUACUCCUCAGCUUCUUUUGUACAGUGUUUGAUCGUGAUUACAUGUUGUUCGCUACAGCUACUGGAGCUUUAACUGUUGCAGUCAGUCAAUGAUUUCUUGGGACCAUGUGGAGACUGACACAAAACGUGAUCACUAAAAAUGUGAUAACACCUUCACAUCUUAGUUUGAUUAUUUUUAGUAAGAUGAUUUCACUGAUUUUAACUGGUUUUAAAUAUCAGUAAUUAUUUGGCAGUUAUAUUAGAAUAUAUUUUUAGAAUUAAGUUGUAGCAUGACUUUACCAUCUUGUGAAUUAAGUUUUUUUAUGUGCAGUUUAUACUUGCUAGAGUAUAAUAGAAUUGUUGGAUUUUUUUUUUUAAUGGACUGAAUGUAAUGUCUAUUUUUCUAUGAACAUUUGAUUUGACUGCCUGCAUGACUAUUUAUGUUGUAUCAGAUGAGACACAUAUUUUAGAAAUAUAUGCUUUUUAUCAUGUGUACUUAUGUAAUUUUAUUAUGUUAAAUAUUUGGGGUAAAAACAAAAAGCGUUUGUAGAAUUUUGCGCUCCAAGGAAAAAUGCCAAUCAUACUGAGGUUGAUGAUCCUAUGGUGUUUUGUUAGGUACCAGUGUAAUAUGACUGUCUAUGCUUGUGUUCAGUACUGUAGAGUACCACGCCUUAAGGCACAUAUUUGCACACCUGAUAAUAGAUCCCAUUUUGAUUUGAUAUCUGAUUUUCAUAAAAAGUCAGCUCUUAUCAGAUCCAAGAAAUAAAAUGUUUGCACACAUCCAUAUAAUGAUAAAUGUGUCUCC